GUUGGUCCCACCAGCUAUUGAGUCCCUCAUUCAAGAACUGUGGUGUGUGUUUGCUGUUUCUGCAUUCUUAUAUGCAACUACGUAGAUAACUAACUGUUCAAAUAUGAACGCGCCACCGGCAUUCGAGUCAUUUCUGUUGUUUGAAGGGGAAAAGAAAAUCACAAUCAUCAAGGACACAAAAGUCCCUAACGCCUGCCUCUUCACGUUGAACAAAGAGGAUCACACGCUUGGUAACAUCAUCAGACAACAACUUCUGAAAGACCCCCAAGUGCUAUUUGCUGGCUACAAGGUCCCUCAUCCUCUGGAGCACAAGAUUGUGAUCCGUGUUCAGACCACACCAGACUAUAGUCCUCAGGAGGCUUUCACUAAUGCCAUCACUGACCUCAUCAGCGAGCUGUCCUUGUUGGAGGAGAGAUUCAGGGUUGCAAUUAAAGACAAGCAAGAAGGAAUUGAAUAAGGAUUGGUGCAUAAUGUUGGGAAAGAUGUCACUUUGAAGAUCACAUUUCAUUUAACCAGGAUUCUAUAAAAGGACUCUGUUUUGGACUUACCAUUACUGCCAUGCUAGGCACAGGCUCUGUAUACAAAGUACUGAAUGGCGUUUUGAGUGAGUUUUCAUUCUAGACCACGGUAACAUAUUUGCAAGAAUGGAUGUAAUUGUAUAUGUUAAAUAAUACUUUUUUUACACACUGAAACAUAAGGAAAUUGGUGAUUUGAAACAGAAUCUGAGAUCAUAAAGUGGAUUGGUUAAUUCAAAACAGAAUCACAUGUUGUUUUACUCAUUUGAAUUCAAUACUGUAGUUUGUUAGGUAUGUGCUGAAAGAUGACAAGCAUGGUUUAAAACUUUAUUUCAUGGAAAUAUUUUGCAUGAUAUCCAUUCCUGUUAAAUGCUUUAGUUUUACAAUGCCCGACAUGGUCCUUAUUUGGCCCUACAUUUUCUGAGAAUAAUAGUGAACAGUUAAGGUUUGUUUUUCAAUAAAUCAUUCUUGUAAUA